GGCCCCCAAUCAGUUGAUAGAAAUUUCCACUCCAGAACUGGCGAAAAGAACAGAAAGCAGGCUCUCAAUCCAUCUUUUCCCCUCGAGUACUACUCUACAUACUCGUUCAGGAAGGGCAGAAGGAAAAAGAACAGUGAUCAAAAAGUCAAUAUAUGUUGGGAGAACCUCAGACUCAAGGUACAGCCCAUUGUUUGCACUGAAGAAGCUGUUGUAGAGACUAGGAAAUGCUGACAGUUCAAAUGGAUCCUGUGGAACAGCAGAAAAUCAAUAUCCAACUUGAUGAUAAAAACAGUAGUGGAGAAAGUGUCCCAGACAGUUAUAUUGAGAUGGUAAAUUCGGUAAAGGUCCCUAUUAAAAGUCAAUUUGCUAAUGAUGAUGAUGAGAGCCAGAAAUUUCUGACAAAUGAGCUUCUAAGCAAAAAGAAGUUGGUAGACUAUAAUGAAGAACAUCAUCCUGGAACCACAUCUUUUGGAAUGUCAUCAUUCAACCUCAGUAAUGCCAUUAUGGGGAGUGGAAUCUUAGGUCUGUCAUAUGCCAUGGCCAACACUGGGAUAAUACUUUUUAUAAUCAUGCUGCUUGCUGUGGCGCUAUUAUCCCUCUAUUCAGUUCAUCUUUUACUGAAGACAGCCAAAGAAGGAGGCUCAUUAAUUUAUGAGAAAUUAGGGGAAAAAGCAUUUGGAUGGCCUGGGAAAAUUGGAGCUUUUGUUUCCAUUACAAUGCAAAACAUUGGAGCAAUGUCAAGCUACCUCUUUAUUAUUAAAUAUGAGCUACCUGAAGUGAUCAGGACAUUCAUGGGACUUGAAGAGAAUACUGGAGAAUGGUACCUCAAUGGCAACUACCUCGUUAUAUUUGUGUCAAUUGGGAUCAUUCUUCCACUUUCUCUUCUUAAAAAUUUAGGUUACCUUGGUUAUACCAGUGGAUUUUCUCUUACCUGCAUGGUAUUUUUUGUCAGUGUAGUAAUCUAUAAGAAAUUCCAAAUUCCUUGUCCUCUACCUGUCCUGGAUCACAAUGUUGGAAAUAUGACAUACAACAAUACAUUUCUGAUGCACCUCAAGAUGUUACCCAAUAAGUCUCAGACUACUGAAGUGAAUUUCAUGAUGGAUUAUAAUAAUGGAAAUGUUGCAGAUCUAACUGAGAAGCAGGACAAAGAUUCCUUUCAUAGAAGGGAUGUAGAAUAUGAAUCACAGAUUAUGGACAAAUGUCAACCAAAAUACUUUGCAUUUAACUCACGGACUGCCUAUGCAAUCCCCAUUCUUGCAUUUGCUUUUGUAUGCCACCCUGAGGUACUCCCAAUCUACAGUGAGCUUAAAGAUAACUAGAAAAGAAAAAUGCAGACUGUGUCAAACAUCUCCAUUACAGGAAUGCUGAUUAUGUAUCUACUUGCUGCCCUGUUUGGUUAUCUUAGCUUCUAUGGAGAAGUUGAAGAUGAAUUACUCCAUGCUUAUACCAAGGUGUAUACAUUUGACACCCCAAUUCUCCUGGUUCGUCUAGCAGUCCUUGUGGCAGUCACAUUUACAGUACUAUUGUCUUGUUCCCAAUUCGCACAUUCAGUGACCACACUGUUAUUCCCCAAUAGGCCCUUCAGUUGGAUAAGAACCUUCCUGAUUGCAGCAAUUCUCUUCAUUAAUAAUGUCCUCGUAAUUCUUGUGCCAACUAUAAAUACAUUUUUUGGAUUCAUAGGUGCAUCUUCUGCUACAAUGCUAAUUUUCAUUCUCCCAGCUGCUUUUUACCUUCGACUAGUUAAAAAAGAACCUUUAAAAUCACCUCAGAAGAUUGGGGCUGCUAUUUUUCUUGUUAUUGGCAUCAUCUUUAUGAUUGGAAGCAUGGCACUCAUUAUAAUUGACUGGAUUUACAACCCUCCAAAUUCCAAGCAUCAUUAAUCCAAGCAAAAGUUAUUUUCCCUUCUGGAAAUGACUGCGUUCUGCUCUAACAGACCAUUUUGACAUCUAUAUUAGAAUGUUUUCUAGUGAAAAUUACAGGAAGAAUCCAAAUAAUUUCUCCAUUAAUAUCACUAUAUGUGGAAUAUUAAACCAUCAUAUUUUUAAACCAAUAAGUUGUUUAUAUAUUUAAAACCUAGAGAGAAGAGCCCUACUCUGUUUUUAAUUGAGAAAUUUGAGGUGGCAAAAACAUUUUACUGCAUGUGCAGAGUAAGCUUUCAUCAAGAAAUAUUUUUCUCCUCCAUAUUUUGAUAGCAGCACUUCUUAGAACAGCCCCAAAUACUCUCAUGCCUCUUCUCCUCUCCAUCCUGCUGGCUCUUCACUCCCAUAAAAUCUAAUGGAAUUGUUUUUUUAUAACACAGCUACAUUGGCACAAUUUAUAAACUACCCUGUUACACAAGAAGGAUCAGUCACUAGAGUCUAAAACUUGGAGCUCCAUCAAUAUUUGUAAAAUGAGUGAGUCAUCAUGACAUAUUUUGUCCAGCCUGUCAGUGGCAUUGAAUCAAAUUUAUCAAAUGGAAAACUAAUCUCCAGGCAAUGGAUUUGUCACAAUUGUUAGGAGACCUGAUUGAAUUCUGAGAGGGGCUUUAAAAAUGACAACUCUACAGGAAGAACUAUUUUAUCACAAAAAUCGUAUAGUCUGGAUGCAUCUACUUUGUUAUUGUUAUUUGUCAUAGGCCCCUUGGAAUAUAUGUGAGUUAUGUCACUGAACAAGUGCUAUCCUUCUUGUCUUCCAUUCUUCCAUUAGUUUUUAGGUGACCACAGAUAUGUGGGAGUAUCUGGGAGCCAGUAAUGUAUGAUGCGUUUUUAUUUGAAAAACAUUCAGUGCAAGAAACUGUCAUUUGUUCAUGUAUAUAAUCCUUUUCUGUACUUACUUUAAUGUUAAUAUAUGGCACUUUAUUUUUUAUAUAGCUUUAUUUUUUUCAUACUCUGAGGAAAAAUAGAUUUAAUGAGACAGUACUUUUUAUGUUUCUGUUUAUUGGGGAGAGCUUUACAUUUUAAUACCCAGUUACAGUUUAGUCAAAGGUUCUCAAUGUUUACAAUAAUCAGCAAUGUGGAGAGUUCAUUUUCUCAAAAUAAUUAUCAGUUAUAAACUUUUUUCUACUUUGGAUAUCUAAAAUUAGACUGAAUAAAUUUUAGUUUGGA